GGUUGUUCUGGGAUUGAGUCUGUCCCGAGUCCGACAGACUAACUCAUCUACGUCCGAUGAAGAUGACUCGAUUUGAGCUUACUUUUUACCCAUACUCUCGCACCUGUGACGAGCCAUGUACUGGCCCAAUGGAGUACCUCGGGUCUAUGCGGUCAAUGGCCCUGCGAUUUCCCCCGUGCUGUCCGACGACGACGAAUCAUUAGAUUUGGAGAACUCUGUGGAACAAAGACUAUCGUUGAACGACAAUGGACCCAAGGAACCGUCAAGGACGGAGGUGACCUGGGCUGACGAGGCCAUCGAUGGCCUCUGCGUCUCUCGCAGUGGUCAUGUGUUUGCGACCAUGACGGCGACGUCAAUUGCUGUUUGGCAAACAAGACCUACCGCUGUCAUCGCUGCUGUCGCCCGAUCCAUUGCCUCGCUCAAUACCUAUGGCCCAAAUGUAGCUCUGCUGAUGCACCCCGACUCGACGAUUAUCGUGGUCCAGACGCUCAAUGGAUACCUUCUCACCUAUACAGUUGCUACUGAUCCGCAUGGUUAUGUCUAUCAACAGCAUUUCAACCACUCUUCCGCCCAAACCCGCCGCCAGCAGCUCGCUCGCGAAGAAGAUGCGAAUGGUGUCCGGGAUGCCAGCAUUCGGUUCAGGAUGGCUAUCAAGAUAGAAUCUGGAAUUGUGAAAGCUCUAGCGCUGGAUAACGAGCUUGUCGUUGCUACCGUGAAACCCGCGGCAAUUCAAUGCAUUCGAUGGACACCGGAUUCGCACGGCUCCCAAACGACUUCCGAAUUGCUAAGCCGCAUACUAGGAGUGUCUAAGCGUACGUCCAUUACAGACAUGGUGUACGAUCGUGCUAUCAACCUUCUAGUUUGGGUCACGAAUGAAGGCCAGGCAUACGCAGUCCAGCGACUAUCAGAGGGCUCGCGUGAUCCGGAAAAUCCAAAGAAGCUCUUCCACGGCCACUGCUUCCACACCCCGAAAAAUGAUGGCGAAACAGCACUCAAGGUCGCCGUCAAUGCCCGGUUUUCUCUCCUUACUGUGAACUGCGCAAAUGGUGACAUCUUUGUAUAUACCGCCAAAGACUACCUCGGGAACGUUCCAUUAUCUCAUAAACUCCAGCUACCAGCGUCGCCUUCUACAACAGGCAGCUUAAGCUUCAUGUCCUAUUCUCCUGAUGGCUACUGUCUCUUCGCAGGCUACGACCGUGGUUGGACAACAUGGAGCGUGUUCGGCAAGCCGGGAGGGAAUAGCUUUUCGACGGACAGGUCUCUUGCCAAGACCAAUGCUGAGGAUUGGCUGACGGGGAUCUCAUAUGGUUGUUGGAUAGGUGGAGGCUCAGAUAUUAUCUUGACCGGGCAAAACGACCGUCGCCUAUGGGUUUUGGAGACGGCACGGAGUGCCCUGACCGGCUGCUUUUCAUCUGCGAAUUUGGCUAGAGGUUUACUGCAGACUGGAACAGAGAUCAUUCUGUAUCGAGGGCACGACUUACCUGACCUUACCACUAUUUCAGGCAAGGACUCUCUCUGGCAUCACGCGCAAUAUCCUCCGACCUACCUUCAGUCGCAGUGGCCAAUUCGUUCCAGUGUUGUCUCCCAGGAUGGGAGAUACGUAGCGAUCGCGGGCAGAAGAGGCUUAGCACACUAUAGUGUAAACAGUGGGCGCUGGAAAGUCUUUGAAGACUCUAAGGUAGAGGAUUCCUUUGCGGUCCGGGGUGGUAUGUGCUGGUACGGACAUAUCCUGAUAGCCGCCAUUGAAAGCGAUGGAUCAUACGAGCUGCGUUUAUACUCUCGAGAGCUGCCACUGAAUAAUCAAUCAAUCUUGCACAUUGAAUACCUCCCUUCACCCGUGGUCUUCAUCGGCCCCUCGGGCGAGGAUUCUAUACUCGUUUAUACCUAUGAUAACAUCCUAUACCAUUUUAUCAUCAACUCUAUGCACUCCCGCAUUACGCUUGUUCCAGUUGGUCAGAUUGCAUUUAACGGUAUUGUGCGGGCGCCCACGCGAGUCCGGGCAAUUAGCUGGGUCUUGCCGGAAGAUCAAUUGCGUGAUGGCGACCCAUCCCAUGAUGUGAAAGUAGCAUCUGUUCUUCUUUUGGUCGAUGGCAAUCUGGUUUUGUUACAGCCGUCCUUCGCACCUACAGGGGAAUUAAAGUACGACAUGCGGGCAGUAUCGCAUGAUGUCGAAUAUUACAUUUUGAUGCGUGACCAAUUGUCAUUCAAUUUUGUUCCGCCCAUGGACGAAUCUCUUCCACCAAGCCCCUCCGCCGAGAUGGCGUUGAACAUGCACCACCAUAACCUAUCACUGAGAGACUCUCUCUGGACCUUUUGCGGUAAAGACCUCCUUGCCUGGGGUGACGUACAGGAUGUUCUACGACGAGAAGAUGUACCAAAAGCCAUUGAGAUACCCCUGGACUUUUAUCCAUUAUCUGUUUUGCUGAACAAGGGCAUUGUUUUGGGAGUGGAAUCGGAAAUGAUGCAACGACGCGAUGCCAACUUUGCCGUGCUGAAGUUUGCCAUACGAACACACCUCUUCCUUCCGUAUUUCCUACAAUACUGUUUGGUUCAUGGAGACAUGCCCGCCGCGCUGUCCCUGUGCCAACAUUUCUCUCACCUGUCAUACUUCCCGCAUGCUCUUGAAAUCCUUCUUCAUCACGUUCUAGACGAAGAGGUCGACAACGAAAGUCGAGAUAGCAAAGUGGGGGAUCCCUCGCAAAAGUACAAUCCUCUGCUUCCAUCGGUCAUCUCCUUUCUUCAGGCCUCGCUUCCCGCGAGAGUGUAUCUGGACAUCGUCGUUCAAUGCACGCGAAAGACCGAACUUCGUUCUUGGCGCACACUCUUCACCUACCUGCCCCCUCCGAGAGACCUGUUUGAGCAGGCCCUCAGACUCAACUCUCUAAAGACAGCCGUCGGCUACCUUUUGGUAUUGCAGGCAUUUGAGGACGAUGAUGGCCACGAGGCUCCCAUUGAAGACUAUGUUGUCCGGCUACUCGUGCUGGCAUCACAAAGAAGCGACUGGGAGCUCUGCGGUGAGCUGGCCAGAUUUCUCAUCGCACUUGAUGGAUCAGGCGAAAUGCUUCGACGGGCUGUUGACCGGACGGGACUACGGAACGGAGGCCUACCCGGCGCCGGACUAAAUGGAUCCGGCACGAGCGUCAAAGGAUUGGGCCUCGCAACGACACACUCCUGGUCGUCACUCUCCGCCGCAUCAUCAGCCUCACCGAGUCAAAGCCUCUCUCGCCGAGAGAGCAAUACAUCUCGAACACCGGAUAGAAUGGACAGCUUAGACGAAGUGUAGGGAUAUAUCACGGCAUCUGUACAUAGCAUAGCAUAGCAUAGCAUAGUAUCCAACCCAACCAUACAUAAUCAUUUAGAUUGAACCAACCAAUGGAUAAACCAUACAAUACAUACAUGUCUAUGAUCAUCAUUUCUUCAUUCCAUGCAUAUGCAUAUCACCAUACCGAGCAAACACAAAAAAA